CCCAUCCCGUUGAGUGAUGCUUUGCUCCUGCUGGUCUUGGGAGGAUAUGCCUCGCCAAAUGCAACGAUGGCGGGGCUGCUCGACCUGGGCAAUGCCGCUGCUUUCCAGCCGAGAUGGGCGCCGGCACUCGCCUCGUCCAUGAUCAUCAACACCACAUUCGCAUCCGAGCCGAGGGCAGAUCUGGCAGCAACCGAUCCGAUCCACAAGGUCGAUUCAUCAACAGCAACCCAUCCGAUUCAUGGCACCGCUCCGUCGACAGCAAGCACUGUCGUCUUGGGAUUGGCCUCGGCCUCGACCCCGACCCCGAUCGCAGCAGAUCCUGAGAGCAACCAGACGCAGUCCUGGCACGCCGUCAUGGUUGCCGCUAACGUCUCCAGGAUCGACCACCAGGCCCUCGUCAUCGAGAAUCAGAUCUGGGUUCUCUUUGGGAUGGUCCAAGGCAACGAGUCCCUGACACCGCCGAGCCACUCGGUGAUGAUCUUGGACCCGUUUGCCCAUCAGACCACUGCCCUCGACGACCUCCGCUCGCAUGCCCCUGGAUGGCGCUAUGGCCACUCGGCAGUAUUCGACCCGGAUGCCCAGCUGAUCUAUGUCGUCGGCGGCAUUACGGCGUAUGGGCCUUCGAGCGAGAUCUGGGCCUUUGACCUUGGACUUUUGCAGUGGUAUUCGAUCGGAUCGCCUCCAGCUCUGCCGCCGCUCUAUGGCCAUUUGUCCUUGCUCGUCGGUAGCCAUCUUCUUGCAUGCUUUGGGCUCUUCACCGCACCUCCGCCGAGCACGGGCACUUGGGGCAUUGGCUUGCCUCCGAAUCCGUUCUCCCAGAUCCUGGCUUCACAGCCCGACGCCAUCAACAACGGUUGCUUGGCCAUUCGGCUCAUCGAUCUCAAGCUGACACUGCCCGCCAUGAGUUCUACCGCCAACCGCAGCCCAACGGGUGUCUUGUUUGCCCCGGUGGCAGCAACCUCGCCCGACAGCUCACAGCUGGUUCUCAUCGAUGCCGGACUGACUUCCAAUUCUACAAACUCGCCGGUGUGGGUGCUGGACUUCUCAAACUUCCCGGACUCCCUGACGCUCGCUCCACAACCCACCACUGGCCAAGGUCCCUCGUUUCGGAGCCUCCUAUCGGUCGCGCCGGUCGGCGCAACAGCCAUCAUGGUUUGGGGCGGCAUCCCAACCCUUGAUAUCCUGGAAGCCGAUCAAGCGUCAAGCCAGUAUCAUAUUCUCGAUCUCCAAAGCUGGACAUGGCUAGCCUACCAGAUCGACAGCAGUGGCUCCGCCAGCGUCCAAAUCCCGCCACCUUCGCCGCCAUUCGCAGUCCCGUCCUCGACGGAUCCAAUGGCGGCUGGGGAUUCUGCAGCGUCAUCCUCAAUCAACCCAGUGGAAGUCGCUGCCUUCAGUAUGAUCGCCAUGAUACUCAUCUUGGUCGUAUACGUGGUCAGACAUCGACGCAUGGUGCGCUCAGGAACCAGGUCCGUGGCGUGGUCUCGGCAUCCUGGUGAUGGCCCGAUCCUGCAACCGCAAUCCAGCCGAUCCAGUUCGAUAACCCCUCCAGAGCCAGUCGUCCUGGUUGCUGGCCAUGGACGUCCACCAAGUAUGAAGCGCCAAUUAACGUCGUGGAUGGGAAUUGCCCCCAAGCCGUCGUUUCCGCGACGGCCUCUGAGCGAUUCCUCAUAUACCAGCCUGGGACUGUAUUCCAGCCUGGAGCGCCCAUCUCCCAGGGAAAAUGGCUCACUCCUUGAUCAAAGAAGCCACGAGUCGGAUUUAUACACACGGCAUCCCUCGCUCAGUGCCAAUCGUUUGAGUAGUGGUACGUUUGAUCUGGGCUCCGGCGACACGAAGCCAAGGCCAGACAGCACAGCGUCGCGAGGCGCGGUCCACCGAUUCUCGACUCUCAUCGGUGGUGGACUGGGUGGAUCCGAGAAACGAGAAUCAAGUGGGUCACAAGCCAGCUCUGCCAAGUCGGCUGUCAGCGUCCAGUGGAUCGCCUUCGAGUACUCCGUGGGCUUGGGUUCCCAGCCUUUGGUACCUUGGACAGGCCAAUCUGUCUCACGACGAGACCCAUACAUGCUGCCGGACAACGCGACACUCAGUCCGGCGAUAAGCCAGCCUCCAACACCUUCUCAUGCACGGGUUGCAAAGAUUCGCAGCGAUUCGAUCCCGAUCCCGAUCCCGAAAACGACGAUCCCCAUGGUCGAUGCCUGGAAGAGCUGGAUAGCUGGCGAACAAACGCGAUUCAGUUCCGCUAUCGAUUCGCCGACUCUGGAUCGCCAUGACAGUGUCCAGAGCAGUGCCACAAGAUCUUCGGUGGGAUCAUCUGUAUUAUUGCGACUUUCCCGACUGCAUGAGGUUGUAUUGGAUCUGGGACGAUCCUCGUCGUCGAUUCGGAGUGAGCCUUUGCACGAUAGUCACCCCACCGACCCGGUUGAUUACCCUAGCCGGGAUAUGGAAUGUGUUGCCCUCCAGGAGCGAACCCCAGCGGCUGAGAAAAGUCGGAAGCUGCGACACAAGCCAUUUCUUCGGAUCAUCACGCAACCGAGCGCAGAAAGCGUCUCUGGAGCUCACAGCCCAACAUGCUCAUAUAGGUCUCGGAGAGAGGCGAUGGUCACUCCGGUUGAUCGCCGACUGCCGCGGAUCGUCACCAUGGAGGAGCUCCGGGUGAGCCAAAACAAUAGCAUCCUCUCGGUGAAAAACAUCGACCAUCACGACGGAUCCGACGAACAACAUGCGUGAGCCCACCUGAUGCCGGGUCAAGCGCCAGGCAGCUGGGAUCUGGCUGCCCGCGAUCCAAGUAAAUCCGCUGCUCCAUGUGUCGAGCAAGGACGGUUAGGACGACGGCAUUUCGUUUGCAUCCCCGUAGACAAGCGCUCCUGUUUUCUUGCACGAGGAACACGGCCGAACAUUACAACAUAACUGAAGCAUACGUGGCAACUUGUUCCGAGUCCGGAGGGUGCUUUCUCUGGAUGUGAAUACACACCUCAUCCAUCGUCCACCA